UGUUGCACGAGGUGCAUCGCGAAAACGUGCACUGAAAAUAUCGACAGGAAUAGUUGGAGACUGAGACACCGGCUGUGAUUUUACUGUGAGGAUGGACGAUAACGCUGAGUUUUAUAAGGAUCUACCGAAAGUGGAGCUUCAUGCUCACCUGAACGGAUCGGUGAGCGUCCAGACCAUGGAGAAGCUCAUCCGGCGGAAACCGCACCUCAACAUUGAACACAGCAUGACGGCCAUCGGAAAAGGCCAGCGGAGGACGCUGGACGAAUGUUUUGAGGUCUUCAAAGUAAUCCACAAACUGGUGGACACAGAGGAGGACAUCCUGAUGGUGGCGACAGAUGUUAUCAAAGAGUUUGCAGCUGAUAAUGUCAAAUAUCUUGAGCUCAGAAGCACACCGAGGGAAGAGAAUCACACUGGACUAACAAAAAAGAGUUACAUUGAGACAGUCAUUGAAGCCAUUCAGCAGUGUAAAAACGAGGGAGUGGACAUAGACGUCAGGUUUUUGGUGGCCAUCGAUCGCAGAAAUGGCGCAGAGGUUGCUAUGGAGACGGUGAAGCUGGCUGAAGAGUUCAUGUUGUCGUCUGGAGGUUUGGUGGUGGGAAUCGACCUCAGCGGAGACCCAACGGUGGGAGACGGCCGCUGUCUUCUUCCCGCUCUGCAGAGAGCCAGGAACUCCGGGCUGAAGCUGUCGCUGCACAUGUCGGAAGUUCCCUCCCAGCUGGAGGAGUCCGAGUUGCUGCUGAACCUUCCUCCUGACCGGAUCGGUCACGGAACCUUCCUGCAUCCGGAGAUGGGCGGUUCUCAGUCCCUCGUAGACCGAGCUGUGAAAGGCAGGAUUCCUCUGGAGAUUUGCUUGACGUCAAACGUCAAAGGACAAACGGUGCCGAGUUACUCCCAACACCACUUAAGAUACUGGUACCAGCUGGGUCACCCCUGUGUCAUUUGCACGGAUGAUAAGGGAGUCUUCUGUACGGACUUGUCUCAGGAGUAUCAGCUGGCUGCGUCCACCUUCGGUCUGCGUCCCGACGCGGUGUGGACGCUGUCGGAGCGCGCGGUGGACUGCAUCUUCGCAGGAGACGAAGUGAAGCAGCAGCUCAGACAGAAGUGGACUGAAUUAAAGCCUGGGUUGCUGCAGGGAGCCCAGCUGCAGGCUUAGAGAUUUUACACUGCAAAAACUAAAUUUUACCAAGUAUUUUUAGUUUAGUUUAAAGUGCAAACGUCUUGGUUAACUU